CCCUUCCCCCUCUCUUUCCAUCCCUGCACACACUACUCAUUAGUUGUUACAAUUCAUGUUAAGGUUGCAAUGAUGCCACGUUGCUUCCCAAUCAACAAAACCACACUCGCAGAAGGUGUUGUGUUAGAAGAGUCCCCCGGGUCGAUGGAUGAUCCUAAGCGUGUACUCGUAGUCAUGGAUGCCCUAAAGGAGUUCUCGGUUGAACUACUCGAAUGGGUUCUCAAGAAUUUCUCUUUCGGAGUCUCUUCCAGUAUUACUUUACUCGGCGUCAUGCCAUGGCUCAACAUUCCUUUAUCUGCAAAGACUUGGUCAGACAUUUGGAGUAUGAAUCUGGAGGAUCUGUCCACCUUCCUAGAGAAGAAUGAGUUCAAGAAUGACCCUAAAUAUCAAAAAGUUCAACGCCUUGUUGAGCUUUGCCAACAAUAUGGGGUCGUCCCAGAGAUCAAAACUGAAAUGGGGCAUCCAUUGCGACUGCUUGUUGUGGAACAAAUCAGCAGCCUUCAUGCUACCCUAGUAGUAUUUGAUAGGCACCAUGAUAGGAAGCACAUAGAGUACUACGCCGAGAAGAUCCCAUGCAACAUGCUGGUGGUGAAUGACAACGGAGAAGUCGAUCUGAUCAAGAAACGAAAAUCUAGCAGUAGUGCAGUAGAUGAGACAGCAGGUGCGGAGUCCCCAGCAUCCAUGGAACCUCGCCCCAAGUUACCAAUUUCGGAACAGCUGAAGAAACGUCUCAUGCCAAAAUCUUGGGGACAAUAUGACAGAGAUAUCAACUGCUGAAGCAGCAGAGAGUUAUGUACUUGACAUAUACAUAUAAUGUCUGUUUCUAUGCAGCAUUAGAGAGAAAGAAAGCAGAUUGUUGAAUUUCCACCUUACUCUUAUUACAUAGAUGUCUGAUCAAUAAUAAAGAUAGUGAUGGUCUUGUUUCCCUUA